GCGUGCGCGCAAGGGACCGCUCACACAAUUAGGAGAAAUGGCGGCGGUUUUGGGUGGGCACCAGCCUUGGUAUUCGAGGACCGCCAUCACAUCCUCGCAGCUCAACCGCAGCCUCGAGAGAGUCUUAGAGGAGGCCGUUCAUUCUGGCAUUCUCAAUCUAAGCGGGCGGAAGCUGAAGGAGUUCCCUGCUGUAAACUACGACUUGACAGAUACGGUGCAGGCAGAUCUCUCAAAGAAUAGAUUUAUUGAUAUUCCACAAGAACUUUGUUUGUUUGCACCAUUGGAGACACUACAUUUAUACCACAAUUGCAUUAAAUGCAUUCCAGAAACUAUUGUUAAUCUGCAAAUGUUAACUUUUCUAAAUAUUAGUCGAAACCUUCUAUCAACAUUGCCAAAAUACCUGUUUAAUCUUCCACUUAAAGUUUUAGUCGUGAGUAACAAUAAGUUAGUUUCUCUACCUGAGGAAAUUGGAAAACUCAAAGACCUAAUGGAAUUGGAUGUUAGCUGCAAUGAGAUUCAAAUCCUUCCUCACCAGAUGGAAAAGCUUCAGUCACUCAGAGAAUUGAAUAUUAGGAGAAAUCAUCUGCAUGUAUUACCUGAAGAAUUAGCAGAGCUUCCUCUUGUAAAAUUAGACUUUUCCUGCAAUAAAGUGACCAAAAUACCCAUCAGUUUUAGAAAGCUCAAAUGUCUUCAGGUUAUAAUAUUAGAUAACAACCCAAUGCAAUCUCCUCCAGCUCAGAUUUGUAUCAAAGGUAAAGUACAUAUAUUCAAGUUCCUGAAUAUCCAAUCAUGUCGCAUAGACAAGAAGCCAGAUUCUUUGGAUCUUCCUUCUUUGGAUAAGAGAUCACAUCCUCAAGCCCUUACAGAUAGCAUGGAAGACUUUUAUCCAGUUAAAAACCAUGGUCCUGAUUCGGGCAUUGGUAGUGACAAUGGUGAUAAACGAUUGUCUACAACUGAACCCUCAGAUGAUGAUACAGUUAGCCUACAUUCACAAUUAUCUGAAAUAGCCAAGGAUAUUCCUCUGAAAUCGGACAAUCAUUUGACUGGAAAUAAAGUAAACUCCCAUAAGAGCACACUGGAUCAGGACCAUUUUGACUUUAUUGAGAACACUGAAGAGGAGGAAACACCGUCAUCUGAAGCAGAUGUUCAUCCAAGAGUUCCAUUUGUGACCUGUACAAAAGAUCGAGGAAAGCUAUCUGAAAGAUCACUGUUUAUGGAAGAAAAUAACUGGGAAGAAGAGUCAAGACCCUCAAGUGUUAUACAGCAAAUGGUUCGAGAUGAGGAUGAGUUGAAGGAAGUUAUGGAUUUACGCAAAAUAGCAGCUCAAUUAUUGCAACAGGAACCACAAAACAGACGGAGGCCAGUAACUUUUAAAGCAUCAUUCAAUGAAAACUUUAUCCAAAGGAGAAGGUCAGCAGGACCAGGAUCAAGGCUGUUAGCACACUCGUCUAUAAGUGGAAGGGACAAGAAGAAAAGAGCACUGGAAUCUAACAGUAGAUCAACUGAUAAAGUUACAUCACCACGAUUGCUGUUCAGCUGUCAGUCAACAGGGUACUCUGGAGUUGAGAAACAAGAUAUGAAUAAUGCAGAACAAAAAUAUGGUGAGGCACAGCGGCAUGUAGAAUGGCGUCAUGAAGAAAGGAAACACGUUAAACAGAUCAGGAAAGACCACAUGAAGUCAGAUAUUGAAACUACAUCCAUGCCUUCGGCAGCAUCUGCUCAGAUCAUAUCUUCUUCACCUUCUGUCCAGGUUAUACGUAGCCUAUCGUUUGAGGAGGAAGGCAGGUCCGUUGCCUUUUCCGCACCAUCCGCAGCUGUACCUUUUGGUCUCAAGCCUCGAUCUGCUUUCACGCGUCCAUCUCGCCAGGAAUUUGAAUCAAUGGAUCCGGGAUUUACUAUUCGAAGGAGGAUGGAACACAUUAGAGAAGAAUUGGAACAAAUUAGGCAUCUUAAACAGAACCUUGAAUUAAGGUUAAAAGUUAUUUUACCAGAAGACGUAGGUGCAGCAUUAAUGGAUGGCGUGGUACUGUGCCAUCUUGCCAAUCAUAUUCGUCCACGAUCAGUGGCCAGCAUUCAUGUCCCAUCACCAGCAGUGCCUAAACUGAGUAUGGCAAAGUGCAGAAGAAACGUUGAAAAUUUUUUGGAGGUUUGCAGAAAAUUAGGAGUUCCAGAGGAUAAACUUUGUCUGCCUCAUCAUAUAUUGGAAGAACGUGGAUUGGUGAAAGUGGGUUCUACAGUGCAAGCUCUACUUGAGCUACCUACAUCUAAACAUAUACAGUUAUCUGCUGUGUAACUAAUGUUUGUUGUUCAGCCAUUUGUAAAUUAUCAUGUUCAUAGUUUACAUUUUAUAGCCAAGUUCAAACAAAGCUGAAUUCAAAACUCGAAUUUGCAGAAAUAACAUUAACUCGGCACUUUCUUUUGAAACAAAUCAAUCUUAUAGCUCACACUGCUUAAGCCAAUACGUAUAAAAUAUCAAUAAUCGUCUGUUUAGCCGGUAAUUGCACUCGGCUUGCUGGAGCUGCCAUAUAGGAAACCUAAGAAUAAGUUAUCAUGUCUUUGCUCAAUUACCAUAAAAAUACCAGAUGUUCCUUCUACGCAGAUUUAUAAGGCAAAUACAUUAUUGUGACAUCAUCCAUUUAAAUGUAAUACUUAUUACAUUGUCCUGUUCCUUGAAGUUGUAUAAAAAUAUUUUUAUCGUACACUAUGGGGGUCAUUUGAUCCACUCUUGUAGAAAAGAGAUGAAUUUUCAGUGCCAUAAAAUUUUUGAAUCUUUUUUUUUGUAUAAUCUAACCUCCACUGGUUGCCUUCCUAUUUGAGAUUUUAGUCUUGAUUUGUAAAUUGAUCAAAUCAACGGUUGCUCUUCAUAUUUUUUAGGGGCUAUUCGAUUUUCUGUACGAGUUAUGUGUGCCAUUUCAUAUAGAACUUCUACAUAUUGAAUGCCAAGGAUUUUUUUUAAGUCUCAAACAUUCAUGACUUAUUACUUUGAAUUCCUUGAGCAUGCAGGUCAGGUUGGCUUCUAUCAUCUAGCACCAAGGGGCUGGAUGCAUUCAUGACUUAUAUUGUACUAUGUUUAUUCUAACCAAGGGAAACCUCAAUUAUUAGUUCAGUGAAACUGCCCCUUAGCCCCUAAUUUAAAGGAGUUGUCCAAAACAGGAUAUGAAGUAUGCUGAUAAUAAAAACUUGUAAAGCUUUGAUCAUUGCAUGGGAAAGGUACUUAGGCAACAUCCUACGAUACUAAAUGCCGAGCUGCGCCCAGAUGUCGUAUAAAAGACUUGAAUUGAAUAGACCAUUCAGCUUGUAGCAAAUCACAGACUAAUGGACCAUCAUCAUCCAAAAUGUAUGUUUCUUAAUUUCCCCAUUCAUAUAUUGUGAAGCCUGUCUGUAGGAAAUUUUAGAAAUUUAAUUUUAGUCACAUCUCAAUCUUUUCCAUACACAAAAAUUAUUAUCCGGAUAUUGAAUGUUUGUAGACAGUUCACUUUGGUUUGAAACCAAAUGUAUGCAAAGAAAAUUAAUUACCGACAAGGCCACUUCCACAUACAAUCGCUCAAUCAAGUGAUCAAAUAAAUUAUUUUUCGCAGUCAACUUCUUCAUUCAGGCCUAGCAUAGCAUGUUUAUCUUCUAUCAUGAACAGAAUAGCUUUUGAAUAUUUAUUUUCAUAUGUUUUUAAUGUAGAUGCUCCCUUUGAUUUAAAUACUUUAAUUUGUUCACCAUAAGUUCAUCUCAUAGGUGCAGAAUUAGGCUAUUCGGCCUAUCAAACCUACCAUGCCAUUCAAUCAUGACUGAUCUAUCUUUCCCUAUAAACACUGCCUUAAAAAUACCCAAUGACUUGGACUUCACAGGCGUCUGUGGCAAUAAAUUCCAUACAUUCCUCACUUCAUGACUACAAAAAUACCUCCUUGUCUCCUUUCUAUAGAUGUUCUUUUAUUCUGAGGACAUGCCCUCUGGUCCUAGACUCUCCCACUACUGGAAACUUCCUCUCCGCAUCCAUUCUAUCCAGUUCUUUCACUAUUCAGUCAACUUCAAUGAGGGUCCCCUCAUCUUUCUAAACUCCAGCAAGCACUGGCUCAGUGGUGUCAAAUGCUUAUCAUAGGUUGACCCAAUAGUCCCUGGAUCAUUCUCGUAAAUCUCCUCUGGACUCACUCCAAUGCCAGCACAUCCUUCCUCAGAUAUGAGGCUCAAAACUGUACACAAUACUCUAAAUGCAGUCUGACCAGUGCUUUAUAAAGCCACAGCAUUACAUCUCUGAUUUUAUAUUCUAGUCGUCUUGAAAUAAGCACUAACAUUGCAUUUGUCUUCCUUACUGCUGUUCAACUUGCAAAAUACCAAAAUACCAGCACCCCCAUGUCCCUUUGCACCUCCGAUUUCAGAAUCCUCUCGCACAUUUAGAAAAUAAUCUAUGCCUUUAUUCCCACAAUCAGAAUGCAUAACUGCACUUUGCUGCACUAUAUUAUAUUUUUCACUUCGUGCUAUCCCAACCUGUCCUUCUGCAAAGUCCCAGCUUUCUCUACGCUACCUGCCCCUCUACUUAUCUUCAUAUUAUCCACAAAAUUGGCCACAAAGCCUUCAAUCCCCUCAUUGACAUGCAACUUGAAGAGUAGUGGCAUCGACACCAACCCCUGCAGAACACCACCAGUCACUGACAGCGAACCUGAGAAAGUUCCUUUUAUUGACACUUUUUACCUUCUGCAUUCAGCCAAACUUCUAUCCAUGCUAGUAUCGUCCCUCAUCUUCUUUAGCAGCCUCACAUGCGGCACCUUUUCAGUCCUAUUAUAUCAUCCUUUAUAAUGGACUCUCAAAUCUUACCAACCACUGAAGUCAGGCCAACUGACCUUUUGUUUCCCCUCUUGCUUUCCUCCCUUUUUGAACAGCGGAGUAAUGUUAGCAAUUUUCCAGUCUUCUGUGACCAUUCCUGACUCCAGUGAUUCUUGAAAGAUCACAUCUAAUGCCUCCACAAUCUCUAAAGCUUCCUCCUUCAGAACCCUAGGGUGCAGUCCAUUGGGUCAAGGAGACACUCGCCUUUCAGCUUCCCAAGCACCUUCUCCUUAGUUAUAGCAACAUCACUAACCUCUGACUCCCUUGAAUUCCAGGCAAUUUACUGGUGUCUUCCGCUGUGAAGACUGUCGCAAAAAACGUAUUCAAUUCAUCUGCUAUUUCUUUAUUCCCCAUUAUUACUCCUCCAGUGCAUUUUCCAGCAGUCCAAUGUCCACUCUUGCCUCUCUCUUACACUUUAUACAUCUGAAGAAACUUUUGCUAUCGUCUUUACAUUAUUGGCUAGUUUCAUCUUUUCUCCUUGUAUUGCCUUUUUAGUUACCCUCUGUUGUUUUUUUUUUUUAAAGCUUUCCACCAAUCUUUGCAAUAUUAUGUGCCUUCUCUUUUAGUUUUAUUUGGUCUUUGACUUCCUUAGGCAGCCAUGGUCACCUCAUUCUCCCAUUAGAAUCCUUCUUCCUCUGGGAUGAAAAAAUCCUGCAACUUCCAAAUUAUUCCCAUAAAUUCCUGCCUUUGCUGCUCCAUUGUAAUUCCUGCUAAUCCCUUUCCAAUUAACUUUAGCAACCUUUAGAUGAAGAUAAAGAUUUAUGCUAUCCAGCUUUCUCGCAAAAAUGUGUUAAUUUGUACUAGGUCUGGAGUCCAAUCUUUUUGAGAAAUUAUACACAUAAUUCCACAUCGGAGGAAAAAUGCAUUCUGUCAAGAUGGCUAUUAAACCAUUUUACAACUAAAAUGGUUUAAAGAUCAUUUAUUAUUUGUAUGACCAUGAACUUUCAAACAACCCUGAAACUUUGAUGUUUGAGGUCCAGUUAAGGUCAUGGGAUAAGUUGAGCAUGGCGUGAAAGGAGGAUUAGGGAAUUUAGCUUGCAAACAUAAACUCAAGAAUUUGGUGUAUGGGCUCUUUGAGCAGCAUUUUUCAGUCAUAGUUAUGCAGCACAGAAAUAUGUCCUUCUGUCCAUCUUGUCCAUGCUGCCUUUUGUACUUAUCUAUACUAGUUCUAUUUACCAUUAGGUUUAUAGUUUACCAUUGGACUUCUCUGCCUGGGUUAGUUAUUUUUAAGAGCUAGAUCAUUGAUUAAAUGCAAAGUUGAAAUUAGGUAUACAGGCCACAAAAUAUUUUGCAUUCCAGCAUAAUUAUAAAAAUCAUUGGAAAAUAUUUGACUGAUUCUAAAGUUGAAACAAAUUCAACAAUUUUGCAGUGUAAAAAAAAUUUAGCCCAAUAGUUUUAUUGGCAGUGGUUUGAAGUGAUUUGUUUCAUAACUGACAAAACAAACAAUUAAUUUGAGAAAUGUUAAUGGCUCGUCAUGACUUUUCAAAAUCAUGAAAUGUUGUACUUAUUGAUUUGAUACAAAUGAAUAUUGCCUGUACAAGGUUUGUGUCUACAUUUCUGCACAUGCAAAAACAUUCAAUUUUACAGCAGUUUGAUCAAGGAUUAUCCUCAGGCACUUUGAUUCUUAAUUUAUAUAAACUAACAUUAACAAUUGUAUUAUAGUUUGAGUGAAUUAAUUCCCAUCAGCUUCUGUAAAAUUUAUUUCAUAAAAAUACUAUGUUGCAAUAAAUUUAUUACAUCUUUGCUGACAUUGAUGCAGUCAAAUGUAACUCGAUUUUCAUUUGUAGAAUUGGUUUCAGACCGUUUUCAUUGGGUUUGCCAAGAUCAACAGAAUUUAUCUGAAUAUGAGACCAGGUUUUGAUGCCGGCAUGGCAUCAAAGAUGUUGUAUUUUUAAAUGGUUUGUUAAAUUUGCCACCCUC